AUGGCUCCGCCUUCAUCUGUGGAAAGCGACUCUCCGGUACAUUUCUUCGGUCCGGACGACCUCGAGAGUGGAACCCUAGAAGAUGACGCUGAACUCCAACUUGUGAGAACCGUCACUGAGGGCAGAAAUGAAGAUAUCUUGCAUCGUUUGGAGACAUUAAGUAGGGAAAUUUCACGCAUGACAACAAGAGACGGACCAUUGACCGUCAAUCCCGAUGACUUUGAUUUGCAAAAGUUACUCAAAGCAUUCAUUCGUCGCUCGUCUUCUGAUGGAAUCAAGAGCAGAGACGUGGGUGUGACUUUUGAAAAUUUGACAGUCUACGGCGUGGACCAAUCGGUUGCAUUUCUUCCAACCGUUACUGACAUACUCAAGGGCCCUGUCGGUGGCAUUAUCGCAGCUCGUGAAGGAAAGGCGAGAGGUAAUAGAGCCAUCUUAGACAAUUUGACGGGGCUUGUGGAAAGCGGAGAAAUGCUUCUUGUGUUGGGACGUCCCGGUGCUGGAUGCUCCACCUUUUUGAAAACAAUUAGUGGUACUGAUUUGGAUAUGUACAAGGGUGUGGAUGGAGAAUUGGAGUUUGAUGGAAUUCCUCAAAAUGAAAUGCUCGAGCACUUCAGCUCCGACUUGGUGUACAACCCAGAGUUGGACACCCACUUCCCCCACUUGACCGUUGAGCAGACCCUCGACUUUGCCAUUUCCUGUAAGACUCCCAACACAAGAGUGGACAACAUGUCUGUGGCCGAGCAUGUGGCCUUCAACAGAGAAAUGUUGGCCACGGUGUUUGGCUUGCGUCACGUCUACAAGACAAAGGUCGGAAACGACUUUGUGCGAGGUGUUUCUGGUGGUCAGAGAAAGAGAGUCAGUAUUGCAGAAGCGAUGGCUUGUAAUGGUACCGUCUACUGCUGGGACAAUGCCACUAGAGGUUUGGAUGCCUCCACGGCCUUAGAAUAUGCCAGAGCCAUCCGUGUGUCCACGAACUUAUUGAAGACUACCGCGUUUGUUACUAUUUAUCAGGCCGGUGAGAACAUCUACGAGACCUUCGACAAGGUCACAGUUUUGUACAAAGGAAAACAGGUUUACUUCGGUCCUGUAACCGAAGCAAAGGCCUACUUCGAGAAUAUGGGUUACGAAUGUCCUGCUAGACAGACCACUGCAGAGUUCUUGACUGCCAUCACUGACCCAGCAGGAAGAUUCGCAAAGCCAGGCUUUGAGAAGAAGGUUCCUAACACAGCAGAAGAGUUCCAGCAGUACUGGCUCAAAUCUAACGAGUAUGCCGAUCUUCAGAAGCAGAUAGCUGACUACAAGCAGAAAUGCUCCAAAGAUUCUACUAAGGCUGAAUUCUUACAAUCAAUUAAACAGGAGAAGCAGAAAUUUCUGAGAAUUGGCUCCAAGUUUACCAUCAACUACUUUCAACAGCUUAAGCUCUGUUUGCGAAGAUCUUUCCAGAACAUUUGGGGUAACGCUGCCUAUACGAUCAUUCAGGUUGUGGCUGCUAUUGUCCAGGCAUUGAUUACUGGGUCUCUUUACUAUAAUACUCCCGAAACCGUGGCUGGUGCGUUCUCCAGAGGAGGUGUGAUUUUCUUCUCGGUGUUGUACAUGUCGUUGACCUCUCUUGCUGAGGUUUCUAAUUCCUUUAGUGCUCGUCCAAUCUUAUUGAAGCAAAAGAAUUAUUGCUUCUAUCAUCCAUCUGCCUAUGCUGUUGCCGAGACACUCUCAUAUGUUCCAAUUUCGUUCUUUAUGAAUAUCUUCUUUGUUAUAAUCCUCUAUUUCUUGUCCAAUUUGGCUAGAGAGGCUGGAAAGUUUUUCGUGUUCUUCUUGUUCUCGUUCUUGGUGUCAUUGGCCAUGAGCAACUUGUUCAAGAGUGUGGCUGCCUGGAAUAAGACCAUCUCGGGUGCUAAUGCCCUUGCUGGUGUUUUUGUUUUGGCUUCCUUGAUGUACUCCUCUUAUAUGAUCCAGAGACCUUCCAUGCAUCCAUGGUUCAAGUGGAUUUCUUACAUCAAUCCUGUUCUUUAUGCAUUCGAAGCAAUGAUCACUACUGAAUUCCACGGAAGAAAAAUGGAAUGUGAUUCAAUCUACUUAACUCCAAGUGGUCCUGGUUACACUAGUGAGAACGCUGUUUGUGCAUUCACUGGGUCCGUCAAGGGUCAGUCUUGGGUUUCUGGUGACAGGUAUGUCCACAUGGCCUAUGAAUAUAGCUUUACUCACGUGUGGAGAAACUUUGGUAUUCUCAUUGGUUUCAUCAUCUUUUUCACCUUUGUUUCUGCUAUGGGUUUCGAAAUUGUCCGUCCUGUGAGUGGAGGUAUUGACAGAUUAUUCUUCUUGAGAGGAAAAGCCUCCUCCUCGGUAAUUUUACCUGAUCAGAAGGGAGUUAAUGAUGAAGAGUCCGGACCUUCAUCUGAGAAUGAGUUAGAGAAGACUUCUGGAUCGCCAGUUCCUGAGGAUCUCCCAAAUUUGGCAACCAAAGACAUUUUUGCAUGGAAAAACGUGGACUACGUGAUCCCUUACGACGGUGCAGAGAGAAAGUUAUUGGACAAUGUUUCUGGUUAUUGUCUCCCUGGAAAAUUGACCGCUUUGAUGGGCGAGUCGGGUGCUGGUAAAACAACAUUGUUGAAUUGUUUGUCUCAAAGAACCACGAUGGGUGUCGUAACUGGAGACAUGUUGGUCAAUGGUGGUGCACUUGAUUCUUCAUUUGUUCGUCGUACUGGCUAUGUCCAACAACAAGAUAUUCACUUAGCGCAAGCAACAGUCAGAGAGGCUCUUCGCUUUGCAGCAAGAAUGAGAAGACCACAGUCUGUUCCUGAUUCCGAGAAGUUGGCCUACGUUGAGCAAAUCAUCAAGGUGCUCAACAUGGAUGAAUACGCCGAGGCUAUUGUUGGUGAAAGUGGAAGUGGACUUAAUGUUGAGCAGAGAAAGAAAUUGACUAUCGGUGUGGAGUUAGUUGCCAAACCAUCAUUGUUGCUCUUCUUAGAUGAGCCUACUUCAGGUUUGGACUCUCAAUCCGCUUGGUCUAUCGUUCAGCUUCUUAAGGAGUUGGCUGCUGCUGGCCAAGCUAUUUUGUGUACUAUUCACCAGCCUUCUGCUACAUUAUUUGAGGAAUUUGACAGAUUAUUGCUCUUGAGAAAUGGUGGACAGACAGUCUACUUUGGAGAUAUUGGUGUUCACUCUAAGAGUAUUGUGUCCUACUUCGAAAAGCAUGGCGGAAGAAAGUGUUCUUCUCACGAGAAUCCGGCCGAGUACAUCUUGGAGGUCAUCGGUGCUGGUGCAACUGCUAAAACCGAUCAGAACUGGUUUGACGUCUGGAGUAAUUCCGAAGAGAAGAUCCAGGCGGACCGUGAUUUGGAUGAGAUUAUUCGUGAGAGUGCUCUGCGCAACAGUCACUCUGAUUUUACUGAAAAGGAAGUCAAGGAGCUCAAGGAGACCUAUGCCACUUCAGCCCUUUUCCAAUUCAAGUGGGUUCUUGUCAGAAAUGCAUUGGUGUUCUGGAGAAAUCCAGAGUAUGUCAUGGCUAAAUUUAUGUUGAUGACCAUCAAUGGUUUGUUCAUUGGAUUUACCUUCUUUGGAUUGAAGCACUCAAUGGCUGGUAUGCAAAAUGGUAUGUUCUGUGCCUUCCUUUCUGUUGUUGUUUCGGCUCCUGCCAUCAACCAGAUUCAGGAGCAAUGUCUUCAUGGGCGUGAGCAAUACGAAGGUAGGGAAAUGUUCUCUAAGACGUACCGUUGGUGGAUCAUGGUUUUGGUACAGUUCGUGAACGAGAUACCAUACUGUAUCUUCUGUGCCACUGUCAUGUUUGUGUCGUUGUACUUCCCAACUCGUGCCGACUUUGGUGCCUCUCACUCAGGUGUGUUCUUUUUGACACUUUCAGUGUUCUUGCAAUUAUUCAACAUUUCUUUUGGUCUCAUGUUGGCAUACUUUGCUCCAGAUGUUCAGUCUGCUGCUAUCUUGGUGUCGUUCUUCUAUUCUUUUAUUGUUGGUUUUGCCGGUGUGGUUCAGCCUGAAAAGUUGAUGCCUGGCUUCUGGACUUUCAUGUACAAGGUCAGUCCUUAUACUUACGUCAUCCAGAACUUGUUAGCUUCUUUCCUUCACGGCAGAUCUGUGACUUGCACACCACAUGAAUUGUCUUAUUUGGAUCCACCAAGUGGCCAAACUUGCGGUGAGUACUUGGAGAACUACUUGAGUUUUGCUGGAGGAUAUCUCACUAAUGCUAAUGAUACUUCCAACUGUGGUUACUGUCGUUAUUCUGAAGCAGACAGCUAUCUUCUCACAAUUGGUAUUAAGUAUACAUACAUUUGGAGAAACGUUGGUUUUUACUGCGUCUACAUUGUCUUCAACUUGGUUGCUGCCUUGGCCUUAUACAAGAUAUUCCGGUUGCUGAACUUCAGCUUUUCUGGGAUGCUUAAGAAGUUCAAAAAAUCGAAAUCGGAUUGA